AUGUUUUACUUCCACUGCCCCCCACAGCUGGAAGGAUCUCCUCCUUUCACGAGUCAUUCAUCUGCUGAGUUUGAUGAAGGGUUUCUGCGCAGAAAGCAGCGAAGGAACAGAACGACAUUCACACUGCAACAGCUGGAAGCAUUAGAAGCUGUGUUUGCUCAAACUCACUAUCCUGAUGUGUUCACCAGAGAGGAGCUUGCCAUGAAAAUUAAUCUCACUGAAGCCAGAGUACAGGUCUGGUUUCAGAAUCGCAGGGCUAAGUGGAGGAAAACUGAGAGAGGCAGUGAGCAAGAUGGAUCAAAAGAAGGUGCAGCUGAAAUUACUUCCCCCUCCAGAAACCUUAAUUCGCCCUCUACUGGGGAACCAGCCAGGGCAAAAAAAGAGAGUUUGGAUGCACACCAGAGUCACGACAGGGCAGUGGCUCCAGCAGCAUCAUUCUUUCCUUCCUGUCUGCCUGGAGCUAUUUUAAACACUGCCAGCUAUGCUCAAGCUCUGUCACAUGUAGCAUCUCUAAAAGGUGGUCCUUUAUGCUCCUGCUGUGUGUCCGAUCCCCUGGCUCUCUCUUUUCUACCGCCUUACAACUGCCAGAGUCACCGCACAGCAAGUGUUGCAGCUCUUCGAAUGAAAGCAAGAGAGCAUUCUGAGGCUGUUCUCCAAUCUGCACAGCUCAUUUCCCCACCAGUUAAUGGCACUGGCGGCUCAACAACAGCCUCACAUGAGGACGGGCAAGAAAGAAGCACUCAGGUGCAACAACAGAAUGACACAGAAAAAAAUGUAUAA